AUGAUGGAGCAAAGCAGCAGAGGCCACGUCAUUUUCUGGACGAAUAUCACUACAGUGCCGACUUCGCCACUGGGAUGGUGGGAAGAUGGUGAAAUACUCGGAAGAAGAGAUGGGGAAGCCGGUGGGACCUGGCUGGCUUGCACGAGGAGCGGAAGGCUUGCAUUCGUUACGAAUGCUCAAAGGUUGAGGUAUAGUUUCAAGGAUAUGUCAAAUAAAUAUGGUCAAGCUGAAAUUUCUAUUGAAGAGGUGACUGGAAAUCUAAUGGGAGACACUACCAAGGAUGACCAAAGCAAGCUGCCUCUCAUUUAUCCUCCAGAAUUUGAAUGGGUGUUAUCUGCAGUAGUCUUGAGAACAAGUGGGGAUGUGAUCUUUUAUGAAAGACAUCUUGAAAAAGAUUUGUGGAAGGAGAAGGCAAUUUGCUACCAUAUGGAGAAAGAGAAAGCUACAUGUUAA